AUGCAGAGUGGCCUCACUGUGGCCAGCCCCAGUCUCCAGCUCCCGGCCGGCUUCCCUUGGGCCCAAGGUGCCAGACAGCACGCUGCGCUGUCGAGGGCGCGGGAAGCAGGCACCCUCACCGUGGACGUGGGCCCCAAACCCGUUCGACCUCUGUGGAAAGCGACUUCGAUGUUCGGCGAGUUAACCGUGGACCCAGCCCGGCCCAAACGCCCGGAUGUUGUAACAACGACUGACUGGCAUGCUCCGGUCAUCUGGGAAGGCACGUUUAACAGACGGGUCCUGAACAACUACUACCAAAGGCGGAACAUCACCGUGGGCUUGGCCGUGUUUGCUGUAGGCAGGUUUGUAGAUGAGUACCUGGAACUCUUCAUACGAUCUGCUGACAAGCACUUCAUGGUUGGCUACAAGGUUAUCUUUUACGUCAUAGUGGAUGCCUUGUUCCGGCUCCCUGACCUGAAACUAGGUCCUCUGAGAACAUUCAAAGCCUUCAGAGUAAACGAAGAAGACUUGUGGUACGACCUUAACCUCUUGCGGAUGAAGAGCUUAGGGGACCACAUCAUAUGGCAUAUCCAGAAAGAAGCCGACUUCCUCUUCAGCAUGGCGGUCAACCAGGUCUUCCAGAACGACUUUGGGGUGGAGACGCUGGGCAAGUCUGUGGCUCAGCUCCACAGGUGGUGGUAUUUUAAAAACACUAAGAAUUUUCCCUACGAGAGAAGGCCUGGGUCAGCAGCCUGCAUUCCGUUUGGCCUGGGAGAUUUCUAUUACGACAGCUCGAUUAUUGGUGGCACACCUCAGGAGAUUUUAAAUCUCAUUGACAAAUAUCUAAAAGGUGUUGUUCAUGACACCAGUAAUAGACUCAACAGCACAUAUGAAAGCCACCUAAACAAAUAUUUUUUCCUCAAUAAGCCCACCAAGCUGCUAUCACCAGAAUACAACUGGGACCCCAAGUUUCGUCUCCCCCCACAGAUUGAAUAUGUUAAGGUGGUAUGGCGAUCAGAAAGGGACUGA